AUGGGCUUCCGCUACUCUGAUACCCUGGGAAAACAUGGCUGCAUUGGGGUUGGCGGCUAUGCGUGCAUCUACCUCGUCAGCCCGACCAUUGUGGUGAAAGCUGUACGCCCUGACCGAGACCAUGCAGAGGAGAAGGUGACGGGCCAUCCCUUACAUGGGGAUAUCGCUUUUUACAAAUCUUUCAACGAGCGCCGCGACCGGUGUCCACAUAUCGUGGAAUGCUUCCUCAUGUUUCCCGACCAUCUCUUCCUCUCAUUCUGCGCAAACAAGGCACUCUUAUAUCGCUUCCAUGAGCGCCAGGAGCGAGAAAUUAACGACUUCUUUGGCCGUCUUGUCCGUAUUAAGGAUUAUGAGGACCCCGUGCUUAUUGCCCGGUGGAUACAACAGCUCACAUCUGCGCUAGAAUACGUGGAGAAAAUGGGAUUCUGCCAUAACGACCAGAAUACGUCGAACUGUCUCCUUGAUGAGAGACUCAAUUUGAAACUCUCUGAUUUCGGCCGUGCGACUACCAUUGGGCAGCUAUUGGAACACUCUCGUGCUCCCUGGGCCAUGCAGCUGGCUGCCGGGCCAUUACAGGGUACAUAUGGUCUCUGCUCUGCUAGAACAGAGCAAUUUGCAGUUGGCUCCCUCCUCUAUUACAUGGUCUACGGUCACAAACCUUAUGAAGAUAUCAAUCUAGAUUGGCCAGAAUUAGGAACUCGAUUCGAGCAACUGAAAAUUCCCCGAGCUAAAUCGCCAUGA